AUGGAAUCGCCACAGAAAACGAAAACCGGCCUGAAACUUCCCGCGGGGAUGAACCAGACAUCGUUGCGGCUGGAGACGUUCUCGAGCUCGUUUCGUGGGAUCUCAAGUUUGUCGUCGCCCUCUAAAUCGACUUGCAGCGACAGAUUCAUACCGUGCAGAUCUUCGUCGAGACUCCACGCCUUCGAUCUGCAGGACAAGGAAUCGACGACCCCAGUGAAAGAGGGAGGCAACGAAGCCUACUCCAGACUUUUGAAAGCUGAGCUCUUCGGAUCUGAUUUCGCUUCUCCUUGUUUGUCUCCUGCAGGUACCCAAGGAUCUGCGUCUUCUCCCAUGAGUCCCUGUACCAACAUGUUGAGAUUCAGGACGGAUCGCUCCAAUUCAAGCCCCAAUUCGCCGUUUUCUCCUUCAAUCCUCGGAAACGACAAUGGCCUCUCCAGUGACUCCUCUCCUCCUCCAAAACCUCCCCGCAAGGUUCCCAAAACGCCUCACAAGGUCUUGGAUGCUCCUUCCCUACAAGAUGACUUCUACUUGAACGUUGUGGACUGGAGCUCACAGAAUGUUCUUGCGGUGGGGCUUGGUACUUGUGUCUAUCUUUGGACUGCUUCCAAUAGCAAAGUGACAAAGUUAUGUGACCUGGGCCCUAAUGAUAGCGUGUGCUCGCUUCAGUGGACACGGGAGGGUUCAUAUAUAUCUAUUGGUACAAGUCACGGUCAGGUUCAGGUUUGGGAUGGAACACAGUGCAAGAGAGUCCGGACAAUGGGAGGUCAUCAAACGAGAACUGGUGUCUUGGCAUGGAACUCAAGGAUCUUAUCAUCAGGGAGCAGAGACAGAAACAUCCUUCAACACGAUAUCCGAGUCCAGAGCGAUUAUGUCAGCAAACUCGUGGGACACAAAUCUGAGGUCUGCGGGCUCAAAUGGUCUCACGAUGAUAGAGAGCUCGCUUCUGGAGGCAACGAUAAUCAGUUAUUGGUGUGGAACAACCAUUCGCAGCAACCUCUUCUGAAGCUUACUGAGCAUACAGCAGCGGUGAAGGCAAUAACAUGGUCUCCUCACCAGAGCAGCCUCCUUGCUUCAGGAGGUGGAACCGCAGACAGAUGCAUCAGGUUCUGGAACACGACAAAUGGACAUCAGUUAAACAGCAUCGACACUGGAAGCCAGGUCUGCAAUCUGGCAUGGAGCAAGAAUGUUAACGAGAUAGUGAGCACUCACGGGUACUCUCAAAACCAAAUCAUGCUCUGGAAGUACCCAUCCAUGGCAAAGGUCGCAACACUUACUGGGCACAGUAUGAGAGUUCUUUACUUGGCUACGUCACCUGAUGGCCAGACUAUAGUGACCGGUGCAGGAGAUGAGACCCUGCGCUUUUGGAAUGUCUUCCCUUCAGUGAAAAUGCAGACACCAGUGAAGGACACAGGACUCUGGUCAUUAGGGAGGACACAAAUCAGAUAG